UCGAAUGAAUCCAAAGGCUCUGAGAGAUCACUUUCGGUUGUUUCUCGAUGAAUGCUUCCAAGUUGUAUGGGAAAUUGCCUCCUAUGGAUUUUUGAGAACGCUGGACCUCCCUUCGAUCGUCAUCCGAGUCGCCACUGCAGGAUAUAUUCCUGUUCGAAGAAAUUCCGCACAAACGAUCCUCCAGUCGAUUUGAAGUCUUGCCUGCGAAACUGCCACGAAGAGAGAUUUUCGGAAGCAACGUUCCGUCCAGUAUAUUCCUGUGUGGAUGACGUCACAUAAAUGACGUCAUCCACACUUCCAUCUAGCCACCAUUCCCUGGAGCCCUCGCUUAUCUUCUCGUCCCCAUCUCCUUGAUGCUGCUCGCCCGGGCCGGAAUCAGCGGAAGCCAAGAGCCGUGCGGAGGCGACAUCACGGAGUCGGCAGGGAUCAUCUACUCCCCGGGCUACCCCGACGGAUACCCGGCCAACGUCACCUGCGCCUGGACCUUUCGCAGCGGUUGGAGGAAGAUCCAUCUGUUCAUCGAAGAGUUCAACGUCGAGUGGUCUAUUAUUGACUGCUACGGAGCGAUGGAAUUCGUCUCAUUGAGUCACCCAACGGGUUCCACGACCAGAUUUUGCGGGGAAAUCCCGCCAGGUCCCAUCGGCCAUCUACUAGACGGAAUCGGUCUCAUGCAAUUCGUCUCGAACGACAAGAACAACGAACGACAUCGGUUCAAGAUACUCUACAUGAUGGAGUCCCGCUGCCCCUCCGGCUACUUCGGUCGAGACGGGACAAACAGCUGCUAUUUUUUCUCGGACGAGAAAUUGUCCUUCGCAGAGGCAGCAGAGCAAUGCACUCUCGCUAGUAUCCAUUCUCGAGAAGAACAGGAAUUCGUGCAAAGCCAUGCACGGUCCACGUUUUGGAUCGGGGCGAGGACCACAGCGCCGCUCGGUGAGUCCAUCUGGAACUUCGAGUUCAUGGACGGCAGCCCGACGGAUUACCAGGAAUUCUGGGAGGAAGGAGACGUCGAGAUGCUGACGUGCGGAGCUGGAUGCGGGAUCCUCGUCGUCGCGGAUCGGUGGAAGAACCGGAAAUGCGAGAGGGAAGAGAAGCCAUUCGUCUGCGAAUCCUCCGAUACUCCCAGCGCGGGGCCGUUUCAGUGCUUCGAGUAUGUGAAUGGACGGAGGUGCUUCUUCCUUCCUCAAGAACAAGGAGAUUGGAUUCGGCGAGACUUUGACGGAGCCAGGGAGCAUUGCAGAACCUACCCCGACGGAGACUUGAUCGCGAUCGGAGGGAACGAGCAGAAGCAGGUGGACCUGGCCAAGACGUUCGAGACGGUCUUCGACGAAUUUUCGGUGGAGUACGAUGAAGUGUGGAUCGGGUUGAGGAAAGCGGAUGGAGUAUGGAAGUGGGUGGAUGGGAGCUUGCUCGAAUUGGAUCGAUGGGAAGAGGAAUAUCCAACGGAAGAUUUCGGGAAGGAUUGUGGGGUCAUGACAGUAUCUUCUUGGAAAGACAGCAAUCCACAGAACCAGCAUUACUAUGUUUGUAAAACGACAUUCCCAGUCUAA